UCGAAGGAAGGCUGUAUCCAGCCUCACAGCUCAGUGUUCACUCCGCGAUAGCCAGCGAGCCAGUACGUUCGUGGCAGCCGCGCGCUCGCUCUCAGUCCGAUCGAAACAAAUCGAAAUUCAAAAGUUUAUGUGUUAAUUAUUCAUGGUUUACAAGUUACCCUACGUGUUAUAGAGGGCGGCAAAAUGGGAACUUUUGUCACGCUAAGCCAGGGCUUCCUGCUAUUAGCGCUGCUAUUCGUAACACUAGCGGACGGUAGAAUCGAAGAGAGCAAUGCUCAGACAGUCCCGAGCGACCUGCGGAGGGCCGUCAGUGAGGCGAUGGCCCUCGAGAGGAGAUUCAUACAGAACGGGAAUGCAUCUGAGGAAUGUACAUCAGAAGAAGAAGAUAUAAGUAACACACCAUGCCCGCCGAGCAAGUACCGGAGUGCGAGCGGGGAAUGUAAUAAUGUGAGGCACCGCCCCUGGGGCAGGAGAGGCGAUGUGUUCCUGAGGCUGCUGCCGCCCAAAUAUGCUGAUGGAGUAUCCCAGCCUCUAUCACCUCCUCACCUCCCAGAGGCAUCUUUAGCAGUACAUGCAGUGGCUCAGCUCGCGCAACCAGAAGAACACGACUAUGUCACCAGCAUGCUGGCCGCUUGGGGACAACUGAUCAUGGACGAUCUUAUCGCUACUGCCAAUGGGAAUAAGAAAUGUGAAGGACCAGCCUGUGCAUACAUUCGGUCGGCACCAACAAGGAAUUUGGACUCGUGCAAAUUUGAGCACAGAGAGCAGAUGAACCUGGCCACAUCAGUGCUCGACGGCUCCGCCCUAUACGGAAGCUCUGAGAAGGAACUCCGCUCGCUGCGUCUGUACGACGCGGGCAAAAUCGACCUUGCCUCGUGUCGAAAAUGCAACGACGGGUCACCAACCGCACCUUUAUACAAAGCGCUGCUAUCAGAACACAACCGUAUCGCUGGAGAACUAUAUUCAUUGAACCCUUUCUGGGAAGACAAUGCGUUGUUCUUGGAGAGCAGACGAGCCCUUGCUGCUGUCAUACAACACAUCACGUAUAAUGAAUUCCUGCCCGUUUUAUUGGGAGAGGUUGGAAUGGCUAAGGCUGAAUUGAAACUGUCGUCUCUAGGAUUUUGGCGCGGUUAUUCGAGCGCCAACCGCGCUGGUACUUAUGCAGAAAUAUUGUCUAUUGCACCAAUCUUUGAUGCUAUGAUGAAUGAAAAAUUGGUAAACACGACAAUAUCUCUAAAAGACCUAGCCCAGGCCAGCGCUCACAGCGUAUCUCGUCUCACAGCCUCCGCCCAAUGGGAUCUCAAUAGAAACCGUGAUCAUGGAAUCCCAUCUUACUUGAGAGCUUUGAGGAUGUGUGAGCCAAUGGUCACUGUAAAAUCGUAUGGAGACUUUGAAAAACUGGGCUUCAGCAGAUCGCAGCAGGAAAUGAUGGCUGAUAUGUAUAGAAAUGCUGAAGAUGUCGAAUUAUUAGUGGGUGGUGCUAUGGAGAAACCCGCGACUGGAGCCGUCAUUGGGUCUACUUUAGCGUGCGUGCUGGCUCUGCAGUUCGCUAACUUGAAGAAGAGUGAUAGAUUCUGGUACGAAAACGACAUUCCACCGUCGUCUUUCUCGCCGGAACAGUUAGGAGCUAUCAGGAAGGUCUCUUUGGCGGGAUUACUCUGUGCCAACGAUGAACUGCUCAAAGGCAUACAACCUAAGGCAUUUGUCAAGGAAGAUCCUUACUUAAACGCAGGCCAGCACUGUUCCCAGCACAACCAGCUAGAAUUAUCCGCGUGGAAGGACGACAGCGGUGCGAGAGCUGCAGAACGACUGUCACAGGAUAUGUUGUCAGCGGCGCUGGAAAAGGCUAAGCAAGAGAUGGCUGAUAGGAAGAAGCUGGAGUACAUGCUUUGGGAGUCGCAGGGUGGAGCUGACCCUAAGUCGCCUGUGGGAACAGCCGCGUCUUUCUCUAAAGCCAACAAAUAUGCAUUGAAACUUGCCAAUACUUCGCUCUUCUUUGAGUUCGCUACCAACGAACUACUUAAUUCUAUUAAUGGCCGCCGUCGCAAGCGUCAAAUCUUCGACGACUCCAUAGGUUUCGGGUCAUCCAACGAAUUCGUAGACUCCCUACAAUCAGUAGAUGUCAGUAGUCUUCUCAACCAAGAUCAAUUGGGACCUGUAAUAGAACCUCAAUGUGAUGAUGCUGGCUCCUGUGAUGCUAAUAGUCCAUUCCGAACAUAUACGGGUUACUGUAAUAACUUACGGAACCCCAAUUUGGGCAAAAGUUUGACUACAUUCGCGAGGUUGCUGCCGCCCGUGUAUGAAGAUGGUGUCAGUCGUCCCAGAAUCAACGCUGUAACGGGAACACCAUUACCUUCACCUCGUAUUGUAUCAACUGUGAUCCAUCCUGAUAUCUCCAACUUGCACACAAGAUACACGCUCAUGGUGAUGCAGUUUGCUCAGUUCCUUGACCACGAACUUACUAUGACUCCCAUUCACAAAGGUUUCCACGAAUCAAUCCCAGACUGUCGUUCCUGCGACUCGCCCCGUACAGUACACCCGGAAUGCAACCCCUUCCCAGUGCCACGGGGUGACCAUUACUACCCUGAAGUUAAUAUCACCUCGGGGGAGAGACUUUGCUUCCCCUUCAUGAGGAGUUUACCUGGACAGCAACAACUUGGACCCCGUGAACAAGUGAACCAAAACACAGCGUUUAUAGACGCAUCAGUGGUAUACGGAGAGAACCCUUGCAUUGUACGCAAGUUACGGGGUUUCAAUGGCCGCCUCAACGCAACGGCUAGCCCGUUAAAUGGCAAGGACUUAUUACCGAGAACUGACAACCAUCCCGAGUGUAAAGCGGCUAGUGGCUUCUGUUUCAUUGCUGGUGACGGUCGAGCAUCCGAACAGCCCGGUCUCACAGCGCUCCAUACAAUAUUCCUCCGGGAACACAACCGUAUAGUCGAAGGUCUCAGAGGAGUCAACCCUCAUUGGGACGCAGAUCUCUUGUUCGAACAUACCCGUAGGAUAUUGGCUGCGGAAUUCACACAUAUUAUUUAUAAUGAGUUCUUGCCGAGAUUGCUGUCUUGGAACGCCGUGAACUUGUAUGGAUUGAAACUGUUGCCAUCUGGCUACUACAAGGAAUACUCGCCAACCUGCAACCCAUCCAUAGUGACAGAGUUCGCAGCAGCUUCCUUCAGAUUCGGUCACUCGUUGCUCCGACCGCACCUUCCCAGAUUAUCUCCCACUUACCAACCCGUGGACCCGCCCAUUCUACUACGUGACGGUUUCUUCAGGACUGAUAUGUUUAUGAACCAUCCACCAAUGGUAGACGAGUUGAUCCGUGGUCUAGUCUCAACACCAAUGGAAACGCUCGACCAGUUCAUCACAGGAGAAGUCACAAAUCACUUAUUCGAAGACAGGAAAAUUCCCUUCUCUGGUAUCGAUUUAGUUGCUCUGAAUAUCCAAAGAGCUAGAGACCAUGGAAUACCAAGUUAUAACAACUAUAGAGCAUUAUGUAACUUGAAGAGAGCUACUACGUUUGAAGAUUUGUCCAGAGAGAUACCGGAUGAAGUUAUUGCCAGGUUCAAACGCAUAUACCCUACCGUGGACGACAUCGACCUAUUCCCUGGUGGUAUGAGUGAGCGGCCACUACAGGGCGGGCUCGUGGGACCCACCUUCGCCUGUAUUAUCGCUAUACAGUUCAGGCAGUUGAGGAAGUGCGAUAGAUUCUGGUUCGAAAACGACAAUCCAGCGGCUCGAUUCACUGAACAACAAUUGGCUGAGAUCAAGAAGACAACGCUGUCCAAGAUCCUUUGUGAAAACUUCGAUAUUCUGUCCGACAUUCAACGGGCUGCCUUCGACUUACCUAGCAACUUCUUAAACCCCCGCGUCUCCUGCGCAUCAUUACCCAAGCUGGAUCUCUCAGCAUGGCGCGAGAACUCAGCGCAAGGCUGUCUGAUCGCGGGCCGAGCUGUACCUCUCGGGGAUUCCGCCUUCCCGUCGCCCUGUACUUCGUGUAUUUGUACCGCUGAAGGGGCGCAAUGUGCAUCCCUCCGUAUCACGGACUGCGCCCAACUGUCCCGCGAAUGGCCGCGUGACGCGAUACAGCGUGACGACGUGUGCACCGCGCAGUGCGGGGCCGCACCGCCACGAGCGGCUAGACGACCUACGUUGAGCUUCAACUUUCCUGAUCUGACGCCGUUUAUAGCUAAGUGAAUGUAGUGUACAAGUAGGGGGAAAUGUAGUGGGGGGGGAGAUUAGUCAUUAUAGACGGGGGAGUAAU